AUGGCCAACCACAGGCUAGACCUCCUCCUGUUGCUGCUGCUGCUGACCACCUACCCUGGACCCAUGAAGGCUCAACACUGGUCCCAUGGCUGGUACCCUGGAGGGAAGCGAGCCUCUAUCUCCCCCUGGGGCCUCCAGCAGGCCCCUGGAGUCCCAGACAGCCCAGGCCAGACUGUCCACAGCCUCCCCAGUGAUACCCUGACUCCACCUGAAGACAGUGUGCCCUGGGAGGGCAGUGCAGUGCCCCAGCGGCCCCUCCGUGGGAAGCAGCGCCUGGUGCAAACCUUGGACCCUACCCCGCGUGUGGGCUGGGGGGCGGGACAGGGCCUGCAGGGAAGAUUCAGCCCGAGGGCGGCAGAGUCGCCGCUCCGGCUGCACAGCCCGAAAGGGCUGGAGAAGGCGGCAGCGGGACAACGCCACAUUCGCGCGGUCUCUUGGGAAAAGGGUGGGAAGGCGGGGCCCGGGGACUGCGCGUCCCAUGCUGCCCCGCGGCUCCUUCCGGGUCACGGUGAUGCCACGGCGGCGUGCUGGAUGCAGUGA